AUGUCUCAACAAGUUGGCAAUAGCAGUAUUAGAAAGAAAUUGGUUAUCGUUGGUGAUGGUGCCUGUGGUAAAACCUGUUUAUUAAUCGUUUUCUCAAAGGGUCAAUUCCCUGAAGUCUACGUUCCAACUGUUUUUGAAAAUUAUGUAGCAGAUGUUGAAGUUGAUGGCCGUCGUAUUGAAUUGGCAUUAUGGGAUACUGCAGGUCAAGAAGAUUACGAUAGAUUAAGACCACUUUCAUAUCCUGAUUCAAACGUAGUAUUGAUCUGUUUCUCUAUCGAUUUACCAGAUUCUUUAGAAAAUGUUCAAGAAAAAUGGAUCGCUGAAGUUCUACAUUUCUGUCAAGGUGUACCAAUUAUUUUAGUUGGUUGUAAAGUAGAUUUAAGAAAUGAUCCUCAGACCAUUAACAUCCUAAGAGAAGCAGGUCAACAACCUGUUGCUACUACAGAAGGUCAAGCCGUUGCUGAUCAAAUAGGUGCCACUGGUUACUUUGAGUGUUCUGCAAAGACUGGUUUUGGUGUUAGAGAAGUAUUCGAAGCUGCCACUAGAGCUGCAUUGAUGGGUAAAUCAAAGACUAAUGGUAAAGCAAAGAAAAAUACUUCAGAAAAGAAAAAGAGGAAGUGUGUCGUCUUAUAA